AAAACGUCAGCACACUCAUAACUUCGACCUGACUUUAUUUCCUGUGCGUACCUUGCAGGUAGCCUUGUAGACUCCUCUGGUCAUAUUCUGAUCCCUGGAAUCUAUGACCAGGUGGCCCCUCUUACUGAAGAGGAGAGAAAGAUGUAUGAAGCCAUCGAUCUGGACCUAGAAGAAUACCGGAACAGCGUCCAGGUUAAGAGAUUUCUGUUUGACACCAAGGAGGAGAUUCUAAUGCACCUAUGGAGGUACCCAUCUCUUUCAAUCCAUGGGAUUGAGGGCGCAUUUGAUGAGCCUGGAGCUAAAACGGUCAUCCCUGGCCAAGUUAUAGGAAAAUUUUCAAUCCGUCUGGUCCCUCACAUGAAUACAUCUGUGGUGGAAAAACAGGUGAAGCAGCAUCUUGAAUAUAUAUUCUCCAAAAGAAAUAGUUCCAACCAGAUGGCUGUUUCUAUGACGCUAGGACUACAGCCAUGGAUCGCAAAUAUUAAAGAUAAACAGUAUCUUGCAGCAAAGAGAGCCAUCAAAACAGUGUUUGGAACAGAGCCAGACAUGAUCCGGGAUGGAUCAACCAUACCAAUUGCCAGAAUAUUCCAGGAUACCAUCCAAAAGAGUGUGAUGAUGCUCCCGCUGGGCGCUGUUGAUGAUGGGGAGCACUCUCAGAAUGAGAAAAUCAACAGGUGGAACUACAUAGAGGGAUCCAAAUUAUUUGCUGCCUUUCUCCUAGAGAUGGCUAAGCUGCAUUAAAAUGACAGGAGCCUUCCAGCUUAGAUCCGACCUAUUGACAGAUACCCUCUCCCACACCUGGGCAGGAACAGAAUCUAAAGAUCCAGAGAAUUUCAGUCCAGGAAAUAAUGUUUUUCCUUCCCAUUUAAAAUGUCUUUGGACAUUUGGACCAGUAAUAAAAUAUUUUAAAGGCACAGACAUUGGAAAUGGCAUACUGUCCCCAUGGCACACCUUUCCGAAGUCACCACUACCGGCAACAUCUCCCCAAGUCCGGCUGCAGGAGCCCUGGGACUGGACUCUUUCCUUGGAGCACCAGGACAAUUCUUCCAUUAGACUCUCCCUGGCAGUUUGAUGGGUCUGAUCCCUGCAGUGUGCUUUUAGGUUCUGAGGUGCUCCUGACGCAUCAUCAUUCCAUACAGUGUGUAGAUCACCCUUGCUCCUACCACACGUUCCUCUUAUUAGUAAAACUGUUGGUCCCACUGGCUACCAUGAUUUCCCUGGGGUUCAUUUGUAGAGGAGUAACUGAAGCAUGAUGCUGUAUUAACCUCUUGCUUCCCCUUCAUUUAUUUUGCCUGCUUCUUGGAAAGUUCUGAAACAGAAAUGAGCAAUAGUCACAUCCUUCUACCAUUUGGGAUUCCCUGUGUGAAGAUGAGUACUUUUUCUAUUCCAAGGCUCUUUACCUUUCUUGGAUCGAUGCCAACAGACCACCCCUCCUGCACCCUAUUCUUUCUACCCCAUCGCUGAAGGCCCCCCCCACCAAAUCUGUGCACAUGUAAAGUCACCACCACAGAAUCAAUUCUGAUAGAAUUUCUCUCACCCUGUUGGAAUUUUACUCAGUGACUACAUCUAAAUUUCUAAACUGCUUAAAGCUUUUAAUAGCAUCAGUUUUAGAUAGAGAACGAAUCUAAUCAGCCCUGACAUCAGUAACACAUUCUAAAUUUAAAGCCAUCAGCUAAUGCUGCAUUCAAUUCAGUAAUCAUUUUAGUUAACCAUCUUGUUUGGUUUGAUUGCAUUUGAUGGUGUAAACAAACAAACAAAAAGAAUAUAAUUUUUCUACAGUUGAGUGUAUGUAAACAAAUCAAUCUGUAUAAAUUCAUUACUUAAAUCACAUUAAUGGAGAAGAAUUUAAGAGUUUAUUAAAAAUGUUUCUCUUAUGAUUCCAAAUAAAAUCAAAGCAUAACACAUUUAAUCUCUUUAUGGGUUCUUGAAAUGUCAGUUUUAAAAUUUGCAACACAACAUCCAAAAGGGCUGCACUACAGGGCCAGUGAUUCAGCUUACCCUGGUCUUGUCACAGAAAUGGGACUCAAGGGGCGCCUGGGUGGCUCAGUCAGUCAGUUAAGCGGCUGCUUUCAGUUCAGGUCAUGAUCCU